AUGUUCAGGACCGCUCUUCGUAGCUCGGUACGCUCCUCGCCGUCGCUCCCGUUUGCCGUCGCGCGGCGAUACAUCAGCCAGGAAGUGCGUGCGAAGAUACAGAAGGCGGUCGAGUCGACGCCCGUCGUGCUCUUCAUGAAAGGCACCCCGGAAGCGCCCCAGUGCGGGUUCUCGAGGGCCGCGGUGCAGGUGCUCGACAUCCACGGGGUGCCCCCGGAGAAGUUGAAGACGUUCGACGUGCUCGAGGACAGCGAGCUGAGGCAGAGCAUCAAGGAGUUCUCUGAUUGGCCGACAAUACCCCAGUUGUACGUGAACGGCGAAUUCGUUGGUGGCUGCGAUAUUCUCUUAAACAUGCACCAAUCCGGGGAGCUUGAUCAGCUUCUCGUCAAGAACGGCGUCAUACUGCCUGAGGAGGCUCAAAAGGAGGAGGCAUGA